UUCAGUGUAAGUGUGAGAGGUAGCGAGGGAGGGUGUGCGUGGCCUUCCUCUCACAGUCUAGACUUUUAAGACUGGAAGAAACUGGGAAGAAUGAGUGGGAAUAGAAUAACUUGGUGAGAGGAGAUAUUGCAAGGAGUAGGAGAGAGAUACAACUGGUGAACCAUCGUGGCAACUGUGUCUACAUCUCACGCGAGGUGCGUGUUCUGAAGGAAAACUUACUGGAGAUGGCGCAGUGGGUAGUAGUGGGUGUGUCGGGGGUGACAUGUAGUGGGAAGACCACUAUAGCACAACUCCUGCACCACAAGCUCCCCGGCCCCUCCAAACUCCUCACCCAGGACUUCUACUUCUAUCCAGAGGAUUCCUCCCACCACGUCCCAGCGCCUGCCGGCCUCAACCACCACAACUGGGAAGUUACUACCAGUGUUGACAUCGAGAAGAUGCUGAAAGACAUUAGAGCUAUUUUGGGAUCUCCUCCAUCACGGUUUAAAGAUCCACCACUGGAGGAUAGUUCCAGUGGUGGAGACGAGGAUACAACUCGGCUAUCAACAUUCACUAAAGCCGUUCUUCUUAUCGACGGGUUCUUGCUGUUUGGUUAUCACGAACUGUAUGAGAUGUGUGACCUGCGCUAUUUCAUCACUCUGAGCCGCAGUGAGUGUUGGCAGCGCCGUCAGCACCGUCACUAUGAGCCUCCUGACCCACCAGGAUACUUCCACCACUGUGUGUGGCCUGAGUAUGAGAAACACCUACAGUACGUUAGCACACUGCACGGCAUUAGGUUCCUCGAUGGUACGACUCCUCAGGGUGACACCUGCAACUUUAUCUUUGAUGAUGUUGUAAAUCUCUUAGAAAACUAGAUUCCAUAGGGUAAAUUCACUAUUAAAAGUGAAAAGUGCUUUUUUACUAGAGUCAAAUAAGCUAAUUUCCUAAUUUGUAGAUUGGUAAAACCGAGAUUAUAAAUCAAUAAAGCUUGUAAAACAACUGGA